CUGAUCGCAGUCCGGAGCAGGUGGAACAUUAUGGCCGACAUGCAAAAUCUUGUAGAAAGAUUGGAGAGGGCAGUGGGCCGCCUGGAGGCAGUGUCACACUCCUCUGACAUGCACUGUGGCUACGGAGACAGCUCUUCAAAAGGAGCAGUUCCAUAUGUGCAAGCCUUUGACUCGCUGCUUGCCAAUCCCGUGGCAGAGUACUUGAAGAUGAGUAAGGAGACUGGGGGAGACGUGCAGGAACACGCAGAGAUGGUCCACACAGGCCUGACGUUGGAGCGAGCUCUUCUGGUUACAGCUUCUCAGUGCCAGCAGCCAGCCGGUAAUAAGCUUUCUGGUUUGUUGGCACCAAUCUCAGAGCAGAUCCAAGAAGUCAUAACCUUCCGGGAGAAGAACCGAGGCAGCAAGUUCUUCAACCACCUGUCGGCUGUCAGUGAAAGCAUCCAGGCCCUGGGCUGAGUGGCUCUGGCUGCAAAGCCCGGCCCCUUUGUGAAAGAGAUGACCGACGCUGCAUGUUUACACAAACAGGUCCUCAAGGAGUACAAAGAUGUGGAUAAGAAGCAUGUCGACUGGGUCAAAGCUUACUUGAGCAUAUGGACAGAACUGCGGGCUUAUAUUAAGGAGUUCCACACCACUAGCCUGGCCUGGAGCAAGACGGGGCCUAUGGCAAAAGAACUGAGUGGAUUGCCAUCCGGACCCUCUGUUGGAUCAGGUCCCCCUCCACCCCCACCAGGCCCACCUCUUCCUCCAGUCCCUACCAGUUCCAGUUCCUACAACUCUGCUUCCCGCUCAGCACUGUUUGCACAGAUUAAUCAGGGGGAGAGCAUCACACAUGCCCUGAAACAUGUAUCUGAUGGCAUGAAGACUCACAAGAACCCUGCCCUGAAAGCUCAGAGUGGGCCAGUUUGGAGUGGCACCAAACCCUUCUCUGCACCUAAACCUCAAACCAGCCCCUCCCCCGAACCAGCCCCAAAGAAGGAGCCAGCUCUGCUGGAACUGGAAGGCAAGAAGGGGCAAGUGGAAAACCAGGAGAAUGUUUCCAACCUGUUGAUCGAGGACACUGAGCCGAAACAGGUGGCUUACAUAUACAAGUGUGUCAACACGACAUUGCAAAUCAAGGGCAAAAUUAACUCCAUUACAGUAGAUAACUGUAAGAAGCUCGGCCUGGUGUUUGAUGACGUGGUGGGCAUUGUGGAGAUAAUCAGUAGUAGAGAUGUCAAAGUUCAGGUGAUGGGAAAAGUGCCAACCAUUUCCAUUAACAAAACAGAUGGCUGCCAUGCUUACCUGAGCAAGAGCUCCCUGGACUGCGAGAUAGUCAGUGCCAAGUCUUCUGAGAUGAACGUCCUCAUUCCUACAGAAGGCAGAGAUUUUAACGAGUUUCCAGUCCCUGAGCAGUUCAAGACCUUGUGGAAUGGGCAGAAGUUGGUCACCACAGUGACAGAGAUCGCUGGAUAAGCGAAUGCCCGCGGGUCCUGCGCCCUCCCCUUUCACACCAUGGGAUACAUCUGUAU